UUUAUUCGGAUUUUGAACGAAAAUAUCUGUCAAAAUAAAUCAUAACAGAACCCGAAUUCAUUGUGAUCUUCUUUCAGUAUCUGUUGUGUUCGUUUUUUCAGUGUUUUCUUUCCUUCUUUUCGUUUCUUGAUUGUAACGAAGCAAAAUGGGCAUGGCGAUAUCACGGUUGAUCAAGAUGUUGUUUGCAAAGAAGGAAAUGAGAAUUCUGAUGGUAGGACUCGAUGCCGCAGGCAAAACCACCAUUCUAUACAAGCUUAAACUCGGAGAGAUUGUUACCACCAUUCCAACAAUUGGUUUUAAUGUGGAGACUGUUGAGUACAAGGAUGUUAGUUUUACUGUCUGGGAUGUCGGAGGUCAAGACAAGAUUCGACCAUUGUGGAGGCACUACUUUCAAAACACACAAGGGCUUAUAUUCGUGGUUGACAGCAACGAUCGAGAUAGAAUUACAGAAGCUAGAGACGAGCUUCACCGCAUGCUCAACGAGGAUGCGCUUCGUGAAGCCACAAUACUCGUGUUUGCCAAUAAACAAGAUCUUCCAAAUGCUAUGAAGGUUUCUGAACUAACUGAUAAACUUGGACUCCAUUCCCUACGCCAUCGCCGUUGGUAUAUACAGAGCACAUGUGCAACAUCCGGCGAAGGACUAUACGAAGGCCUUGAUUGGCUCUCUACCAACAUCUCUACUAAGGGAUAAGCCUGAACCCUGAAGUCAUGUGCCCAUUUCCAUAAAGUUGCUUACCUACUCAUUUUCUUGGACAAGUAUGUAACAUAUGUGCAACUAUUUCAUAUAUUUGCAUCAUCGUUGUAUUCUAUGCAUUAAAACUUGUACUUCAUAUCGUAUCGUAAAUAGUGAACUUGUAUAUUCU